CCUGGGAACAAAUAAAAUGUUGGGACUUAGUCGCAAACGAGCGUUAAAGAUCGAAAAAUACUAGGAUUACAGUUAAUUACGAAGCGCUUCGUUACUUUUAUGAGAGGAAAAAAGGACAGAGAGAGAGAGAGAGAGAGAGAGAGAAAUCCUUUCUUACAAUGUAUUUAUGUACAGGAAGCGUGCUCGUGCAUAUUUUCUGUGGAUCAAUGGAGAACUAUUACCUCUUGUAUCACGAUUUCUUUUAUUUCCUCAGUACAUUGUCAAAAGAACAAAAAGGACGAGGAUAAGAAAGACGAGGAAUUCAAGUGUCCCGAGGGCCAGGGUAACGGUAACUUCGCCGAUCCAGCGACCUGUAGGAGGUUUUAUCAGUGCGUCGAUGGAUAUCCUUACUUGAACCGAUGUCCGUCGGGCUUGCACUUCGACGACAUCAGCAAAUUCUGUACCUUCAGAAAUGAGGCGCGAUGCGGACCCAUCGAGGCCACGCCGGCACCGAUCACCGAGCCACCGACGGAUUUGGCCGAGCGCUGCGACACGUCGAACUGCCAGCUGCCGUACUGCUUCUGUUCCAGAGACGGCACGAUCAUUCCCGGUGGUCUUCAACCGGAGGAGACGCCGCAAAUGAUAAUAAUGACGUUCGAUGGUGCGAUAAAUCACAAUAACUUCGAUCACUAUCAAAAGAUAUUCACCCAAGAUCGCCUGAAUCCCAACAACUGUCCGUUGAGGGGCACGUUCUUCAUCUCUCACGAGUACUGCAACUACAAUAUGGUCCAGAGCCUGGCGCACGACGGACACGAGAUUGCGACCGAGACGAUCUCACUCCAGAAAGGCCUGGAAGACAAAGGCUACGAGGAGUGGGUCGGCGAGAUGAUUGGAAUGCGCGAAAUACUGAAGCACUUCAGUAAUAUCUCAACCGGCGAGGUCGUCGGUAUGCGAGCGCCUUACUUGAAACCCGGUCGCAACACUCAGUACAAAGUGCUCGAGGACUUUGGAUACAUAUACGACAGCAGCAUAGGUAUCUCGCCGCUAAAGGUGCCGAUCUGGCCGUACACCCUUGACUACAAAAUUCCGCACGAAUGUAAAGCGGGUACUUGUCCUACCAAAUCGUUCCAAGGCAUUUGGGAACUACCUCUGAAUGCACAUUAUGUGGAGAGUUACGAAGGUGGACAUUGUCCUUACUUGGAUCAAUGCGUUCUUCAUAAUCACGAUCCCGAGGAAGUGUUCGACUGGUUGCAGGAGGACUUCAACAGAUAUUACGAACAGAACAGAGCGCCGUACAUGAUGCCUUUCCACACCAAUUGGUUCCAAAUCAAGGAAUUGGAACGCGGUCUGUCGAAAUUUCUCGAUUGGGUGGUAACGCUACCCGACGUUUACUUCGUAACCGCCACGCAGGCGUUAACGUGGAUGACCGAUCCAAAACCGAUUAAAGCACUGCACAACUUCGAAGGGUGGUCGUGUAAAAAGAAAGAGAAUUUGCCCGGACCGCCGUGCAACAAUGCGCACAAGUGCGCCUUAGACUUCAAGCCUGCCGAAGCAAAUUUCACAACGACUAGGUAUAUGGAAACGUGUAGAGAGUGCCCGAACAAGUAUCCCUGGUUAGGAGACUCGAAGGGUACAGGACUAUACAACGAUAAUUACAAUCCUGAAAAGAAAUAGGAGUGUCACUCGAGUGAAUUAGAUUUAAUUUAGCGCAAGUGAUUCGCGUUUCGUUGUCAUAAAAGAAAAGUAGAUGUCUUGAGUGUGCGCGUGAUAUAGAGAUCCAUUGUCGAUUACUACUCGCGUCAAGCAUCUCACUUUCUAAUAUGGGAGAAACCUCUUAUAAAAUUUCAAUUUGCAUCUCGAAUGUACGAGUCAGUAUGCGUAAACUUAUA